AUGGAGACCCAAGAGCAGGUGAUCAACAGACUUCGGAAAUCUUUCCAAUCGGGCGUUACUCUUCCCAUGGAGUUCCGACUGGCCCAGCUGGAAGCUCUUCAAGAUCUGCUCCAGGAGAAUGAGCAGCAGAUCUUGGAUGCAUUGCACAAAGACCUUGCCAAACCCAGUUUUGAGGCAGUGCUGUCUGAGAUAGACAUGGUGGUCAAUGACCUUUGUUACACCAUUAGCAACCUACCCAAAUGGAUGCAGCCUGAUCAUGUGGCCAAGAAUCUGGCUACGAAGCUGGAUGAUUGUUUUGUGCGUAGAGAGCCCCUGGGGGUGGUUUUGAUCAUUGGAGCUUGGAAUUAUCCCCUACAACUCGUUUUGUUACCACUGGUUGGUGCUAUAGCAGCAGGAAACUGUGCUAUUCUGAAGCCGUCUGAGAUUAGCCAGGCCACUGAGCAGCUUCUCUCUGAACUGGUACCCAAGUACCUGUCCCAGGCCUGCUAUGCUGUAACUUGUGGUGGAGCAGAAAAUACAAAGAAAUUGCUGGAGAACAGAUUUGAUCAUAUCUUUUACACAGGCUCCCAGAGGGUGGCACGUAACAUCCUCCAGGCAGCAGCUGUGCACCUCACUCCUGUUACCCUGGAACUGGGGGGCAAGUGUCCCUGUCUGGUCUAUGGACAGCUGGACAUGAGGGCUGCAGGUAGAAGACUGGUAUGGGCCAAGUUUUUCAAUGCAGGCCAGAGCUGUGUGGCCCCAGAUUACGUGCUCUGUACUCCUCAGACGCUCAAGGAGCUGCUCCCCGCCGUGCAGGAGGCCCUGGAGGCCUUCUAUGGAGUGCAGCCCGAGAAAAGCCCAGAUCUGGGCCGCAUUGUGACGGACAGGCACUGGAGCAGACUGAUGGAGAUGCUGGCCAAAUCCGAAGGGAAGGUGGAGAUUGGAGGAGAGAGUAACAGAGAGGAGAAAUACAUUGCUCCUACAGUGGUGGUGAAUGUUAAAGACUCGGAUGUGUUGAUGCAGGAAGAGAUUUUUGGUCCCAUCCUGCCCAUUUUAACCAUAGAGUCUCUAGAAGAAGCCAUUAAUUUUAUCAACAACAGAGACAAACCACUGGCUCUUUACGUGUUUUCUGACGACACUCAGACUGUAACAACAGUGUUGGAGAGCACCAGCAGUGGGGGCUUCUGUUCGAAUGAUGGCAUUGUGCAUAUGUGUCUCCCCGGCUUACCAUUUGGAGGAGUAGGCGCUAGUGGCAUGGGCAGUUAUCAUGGACGGUGGGGCUUUGAAACGUUUAGUCACAGGCGUGCCUGUAUGCUGCGUGGCUGGGGACUGGAGCGGAUCAACGUGCUACGCUACCCUCCUUACAAAGACAGCAACCUGGGUUGGCUGCGCUGGGCAACGAUGGAGAAGAAAAAGACCUGGAGAGGAUGCUCUGUGAUGUGA